CACCAAGCGAGUCACAGUCCAGCUAGAUGUCAAAACACCAAAAUCCUAAAUAUGGCCAACUUCAUUCGCUCGCCAAAGCGCACAGUACCAUGUGUUCUGGACAGCUGCAAAAACAAAGAUAGCAAGUGCAAGAGCCCCCUUCAAGCCUAGACCAUCGUCUUACCCCGAAUUAAACGUUUUACCCUGAAUUUACGGAUGAGAAAAGAAGAAGUACAUGGCUUCUAACGGGGAAGCAGGAGGACUGUGCGAGUCCUACCAUUCCUCAACCGACGAUCAUCAACCCUCGGUACCACGCGUCCUCGACUGGGUCCCCAUCCAUCUCCUCAACCCUUGCGCCGAUACCACCCCGCGACCUCAAACAUGCAGUCCAACCUGCCGAGUCUCGCCAUGCAUCCCUGGUCCUUCAUCCCUCGCUUACAUCCUAAACUCUCCUCCCAGUACACACCGCUCUGCCCCAGCUUCCAUGUACACUAGCUCGUCGGGUACGUGGCCGGGACGCGAGCAUGCGCCACAGUCUAGGAAGGUCACUAAGGUGCUUGUCGAGUACCCCAGAGUAGAUCGGUUUGGGAGAAUAGACAAGGGAAAGGGGAGGAUGCAGUGGGAUGAGGGUUGGGUUAGUGGCGGACCUUUUGGAGUAGAGUUGGUGACAGCGAGGAAGAUGGAGGGACCGCAUAUGAUGAAUCAUACUAGCGUGGGUAAGAGGUGGAGUCAUGAUGUUGCUGAUAAAAUGCGCCAAGAUUAUCGUAAUACUAGCGGACCUACAACCCGGGCGUCUAGUAUGAACCCAGAUGGGCGCGAGCGUAGAGCUAUCACUGCUGCUACUGCUUCUUUGAAGAGCGAACCACAACCACAACCACAGCCAAGUCUCUCUUCUGCAGGAGAGCAGAUGCAGCGGAAGCACAUGAUGGAGCUCGAGGAAGAAGAACACCAAAAAAGGAAGAAAGCGAGGAUAAAGAAGAUCAAGUCAGCUUGUACUCGUGCCAUUAGAGGAAUUUUGCGUAGGUGAGCGAAAUAAU